AUGGAAGGUUACGCCAAGGUAGCCCGGUUGAUGACGAACCACACAGAAACGGCAUGUCUUCGAGGGUUCAAAGCUCUCAGUUGUCAAAAUCUUCUCUAUCUGCAAGCCGAAUUAAUUCAGCUUGAGGCUGAUCAUGAGACGCUAGCGACCACCGAUCGAUCUUCCGGACACCCCAAAAGGACGCUCUACGAAAAGAGCUACAGAUUGCUCAGCCAGUCUCAUAAGGAUGACCAUGACGAACAAUUCCGGAACUGGCUUCAAAUUCGAGCCAAACUCAAAGAAUACUAUACAUCCCUGGAACAUCACAUUUUCGUGUCCCAUUUAUCCAAGCCAUCUUCAACUGUCUUGGAAUUCAUCAAUGACUGGUUUGCUCGGAAGACCAUGGGGGGCUGUCCCUUACUAGAUAUCGAUCGACAUGCUUGGGACAAAAAGAACGAAACAGACAUCAUUACUCUACGAGACCCAAGCAAUAUGGAUAUAUUUUCUCACUGGUUUUGCGAGAAACUCAUCCCCAUGCUCCACUCCCACUGCUUCAGGAGAUUCAAGAAGCCAAUUCAGUGGGAUCCAGAAUCUGGCUUGUCAGAUUACUCCGACAGCGCCGUUGCCACCGUACUGGACUUGCUGGGGACUGUCAUCUCUUCUUUGUUCCCCGUCAGCUCGAUUGCGGUCCUGUACUCUGUCACUGGUAUGUCGUAUAGGAUCGGCAUCGUCGCUGGAUUUACAGCCCUCUUUUCCUUGACCCUUGCCUUGAUCACCAAGGGAAGAAGAGUAGAGAUAUUUGCGGCAACCACUGCGUAG